AUGUCAAGGCGUCGCAUGUACAGCACUGAGGAGGCAUAUGCCUUCUUGGCAUCUUCCUCUGGUUCAGAUAGUGGUGAAGAGUUGUUAUAUUUGCCCUCUUCUUCUUCCUCUUCCACUGAUUCUGACGAGGAACCUCCCCGCCACCGCCCUAGGCCAGGUCCUAGUACCAGUCCUAGUACCAAUAUUGAGCCAGGUCCUAGUGCCAUCUCUGAGUGGGCUCCAGCUUCAAACUUUAUACCCAAUUUGCCUGAGUUUGUGGCCACUGCAGGCAUUCGUGUUGACACCGUUGGGUUGAAAGAAGCUGAUUUUUUUCAGCUCUUCUUUUCAGAAGAGCUGAUUAAUUUGAUAGUGGAGGAAACCAACCGGUAUGCUGAGCAAUUCAUUGCGGCCAAUCCACAGGCAUAUCAUGCUAGGCCUUAUCAAUGGACGCCAACCAAUGCACUAGAGCUCAAAAAUUUUUUUGCCCUUUUGUUUAACAUGGGCAUAGUUAAAAAGCCCACAAUUCGCUCCUAUUGGAGUAAUGAUAUGCUUUACCAUACUCCACUGUACCGGUCGGUCAUGCCAAGGAAUCGGUUUGAAGCCCUCCUCAAAUUUCUACAUUAUGCUAAUAAUGAAAAUUGUCCACCUCCCAGUGAUCCAAAUUUUGAUCGCAUAUAUAAAAUUCGGCCCCUUGUUAAUUAUUUAAAUCAAAAACUUUCUGAAGUUUACACCCCAGAAAAAGAGAUUGCAGUGGACGAAUCUCUUGUGCACUUCAAAGGAAGGUUGCACUUUAGGCAAUACCUGCCUAACAAACGGGCCAGGUAUGGGGUAAAACUUUAUAAGUUGUGCGAGAGCGCAACCGGCUAUACGCACAAAUUCAGAGUCUAUGAGGGGAAAGACUCUAAAAUAGAGCCCCCAGAGUGUCCCCCCGUACUAAAAACAACGGGAAAAAUAGUAUGGGAUCUAGUUCACCCCCUGCUAGAUCAAGGGUAUAACAUCUACCUUGAUAAUUUUUACACUAGCGUCCCAUUACUACAAUGCCUGUUUGCCAAGGGGACUGUGGCCUGUGGUACCAUCAGGCGAAAUCAAAGGGAUCUGCCUAAAAUUUUUGUACGGCAAAAGUUGAAGAAGGGGGAAAGCAAGGCUGUGUGCAAGGACAACAUGAUGCUUGUGAAGUACCAGGACAAGCGUGAUGUUCUUGUACUAACCACCUUACACCCAGACAGAUCCACCCCUGUCCAAGUCCGUGGUACCACAGAGAGUGCCCCUAAACCGGUGUGUAUCCAGGACUAUAAUAAGUUCAUGGGAGGGGUGGAUCUGUCAGAUCAGGCCUUGCAGCCGUACACUGCCCUACGCAAAACUAAGACCUGGUAUAAAAAAUUGGCACUGCACCUCUUCCAAAUUACCAUGUACAAUUCAUUUGUGGUGUACAAACGUGCAGGAAAUACAUGCACAUACCUGCAAUUCCAGGAAAAUGUUAUUAAGGACUUUCUGUUUGGGGAUCCGGAAGGGGAGGAAAGCAGAGCCACAGGAUCGGAGAACAGAAUAGUUCCAGGGCAACAUUUUCCUGCGGUAGUUCCCCGUAGAGAAUCGGGGAGUAGGCAACAGAAGCGGUGUCGGGUGUGCUCCAAGCGUGGCAUUAGAAAAUGCACUAUAUACCACUGUGAGACAUGUCCCCACAAACCCGGUCUGUGCAUUGAAGACUGUUUUAAAAUCUAUCACACAACAUAUGAUAUCUAA